AUGCUCCGGCUCCGGCAGCUCUUUCGAACUCAACCACGGUUUGCGCUCUUCCAUAUUGGCCCUCGUCAAUCCCAACAACCUCCAGCGGUCCGGCAUGUGAGAUUCAGGCGGCCCUGGUUCAGAGAUAACGCUGACCGACUGCCUCUUUUUCCGGCUUCUUUCAGGUCCUUCCUGGGAAAAUUUAUCUUAUACGGCACCGCGUUUCACCUAUGGAGUUCCUUCGUGCUGGUUCGAUUCGACGACGACGAGGCCCCUGAGGGCCACACAGCUCCCGAAGCAGGUCUAGAGAAUACCAGUUUACACCGUACCUCGGGAGGGAUUGAUGGGUUGACGGAAGACGAGUUGGAAGAAGCAGGCCGCGUUUUCAUUCCCCUCACGUGGUCCUGGCUGGAAGAGGGAGAAUUGUAUACUGCUUCGGAUCCUGAAUGGCAGGAGUUUGUCAGUAUAUCGAAGGAUCGGAAAAAACUGCAAGAGUUAAGAGAUGAACUCGCCGCUAUUGUUCUCAAAAGUGCAUCAGAUAACAUGUCACAAAUAUUGGGAAGCCCUCUUUCAUUGACUGGCUUCUGGCUGGUCCACCAAUUCCCGCCUCGCGCACCUCCGGAAUACUUGCGUUCUGGUCUUGAAAUCGCAGAUGACGGUGUGUCUUGGGUAACCAAAACACUAGACUCGGAUGUCGGCGAUCGGCUACAGACAGUGAUGAAGCCUCUGCACGUCGCCCUUGCGAUCAAGGAUGCGUAUACGCUUCUGAUCAGGCGGCAAUUAGCCCGACUUCGGGACCCUGAUUCCCAACCUCUCGAUGCACUGGAAUUGCUGAGUGGUAAAUAUGUUCUCUUGGGACGUGAGAAGCUCAACCCGCUCAGUCCUCAUGACCAGCCAAGGGUGCAAUCUCCAUUAUCCGACGAGCCCCCAGAGAAUAUCCUGCCCAACAACGAGCCUGAACUCCAUCCUUCUUCGAUUAUUUCAUCAUUACAACGUCUUCCACUACCUGACCUAGGCCCCGGGUCAGAUCUGCACCUGGCAUCGCUAGCAUUCAGGUUGCGAUUGAAUGAGUAUCGGGCUCGGACCCCACGAACACCUCAGCGAGGCACUUUCUUCAUCUCGGGUCCCGUCGGUCUGAAAGGGCCUAAUGGAUUUUGUCGAUUUGAAGUGCGCGGUGAGUAUGACCCAGCCAAGUCUGCGUGGCGGACGGUGGAGAUGCACUUGAAGGAUAUCAAUCCUAGAAAACAGAAGCCACUUGGAGGCCAAUAA